CGUCUGUCUGGCAUUAGCAAGCGAGCAAAGAAAUUCGUCAAAGAAGGAAGAUGGCGAGAGGUGGACGGAGCCUGAGAAAAGUCGCAGAGUGCAUGAAACAGUUACCUUCCUCAGCCAGCCGAGAAGUAAAAACUAGGAAUAACGUGAGAUACCUGUCAUCAUGUGGGAUCCUAAUGACGCGUGUGUCUCCCCUGUGGAGUGCAGCCAUGCCAGGCCGUGGAAUUGUGUUGCCUGCUCGCAGCUUCUUCAACCUGGCUGAUUCCUUCUCUAAGAGAAAGGAAUACUCAGAAAGACGCAUCAUUGGGUAUUCCAUGCAGGAGAUAUAUGACGUGGUAGCAGGUGUGGAAAACUAUCGGCUCUUUGUUCCGUGGUGUAAGAAGUCCGAGGUGGUGUUCAAACGAGCUGGAUACUGCAAGGCCAAGCUAACUGUGGGCUUUCCACCUGUAGUGGAGAACUACACCUCCCUCGUCACCACAGUGCGCCCCCACAUGGUCAAGGCAUCCUGUUCAGAGGGCAAACUGUUCAAUCAUUUGGAAACAGUUUGGCGUUUCAGCCCUGGCCUCCCUGGGUACCCUCGUACAUGCACCGUGGAUUUUGCGAUCUCCUUUGAAUUCCGUUCUCUCCUCCACUCACAGCUAGCUCACAUGUUUUUUGAUGAAGUGGUGAAGCAGAUGGUUUCAGCGUUUGAACGCCGUGCUUCCAAAGUAUACGGAGCUGAGACGGUCAUCCCUCGCGAGCUCAUGUUCCACGAGGUCCACCAUACGUAGCAUUACUCCAGCUGCACACACACACAAUGCCCGAAGCCGAUGCCACAAAGAAUAAAGGGAGGAGAGACCAUCAGAGAAAGAAGAGCCUACCUGUGUUCUAACUCAAAGCUGCAGUGCCUUUCUCACAGCAAAGACCAAGUUUAUAACCAACAACUUCCUAGCUCAUUUUCUAACAUUGAUGUAUCCAUAAAUAGUGCACAGUUACGAACUUGGUGUCAGGUCUGCGCCACUACCUGCACCCCCACCAGUCACAUUUGUCAUUGGUGCUACUUAUGCCAGCUUGUUUCUACAAUUCAUUGUUUUCUGAACUAAACAAAUUGUGCAAUCUGGUAAAAAAGGAUGCAGGUAAUGGUUAGGUCUCCACUGACCUGAUACCAAAUGUGAUUUUCAGCUGUACACCAUAAAGUAAUCAUAUUGUCACACAUAGAUAGAUUUACAUAUAAUAAGCUUGAUACACUGCUCUAACCACUGGAUUACUACUUCAAGGUUAUCACUGUUGCUACUGCCUCCAUUUUUAUAAACACUUUACAACAAAAGUGGUCAUUUUCAUCGUAAUUUAUUGUGCUACAUUGGGACGGAGUUCACUUCUGUUCUGCCCUGCGAGGGUUUAGCCUUUUUCUAGUUCGAAUACUUCUGAAGGUGCCGUUAAUAAUUAGGGUAUGCAGUUAAUUACUAAAAAUAAUGUUGUAUUUGCACAGUUUUGUCUUUUGUGAGCCAGAUUACGUGAUGUAUUGGAGAUAGUGCUCUUGGAUUUACUGUUUCAUGUAAGACAGAAUCGCAUGUGAUGCUAACAACACUGCAGGUGAUGUUAGAAGAGAGGAGGAGUAAGUACAGGUGAGGCUAAUGGAAGUUGCAGUAUGGCGAUAAAGUUUGAAGACAACAUAAUAGUGCAGUCACUUUAGAUUAUAUGGACCUCAUAGUAAUGGAUGAUACUCUUAGAAGUACAAAUAUAUAAAAGUAUAUGUUUCUGUGCAAAUUUUGGAUUGGAAAGGAAAUGAAUGUACCAGUCAUCUCAGCUUGUUUGGGGUCAUCACAUUUCAAUUCCAGAUUUAUCUCCUAUAUUUUUCUAUUCAUGAAACAGAUUUACAUAGCAUUCAGCUGGAGUUUGACUCAGGGUUGAAAAAUGAGGAAAUGAAUGACAAUAAGUAUUACGUACUCAGGGACCUGUUUGUGAUUUGAGUAAGUAUGUAGGUGUGACUAAUUCAUACGCGUUUUGUUUUUUUUCUUUUUCAUUUAAUAUGUUGCUAGUGUUGGUGAAUUUUAUGCUACAAUUCUGCCUUAUUCUUAGAAAUGACAAAGAGCUAUGAUAGUACAUUUCUCAAAAUGGUGUUAAGAUGUCUUUUAUUUCUACAUCUUGGAUCCUAAAACAGUGGUUACAGCAGUGAAGCAAGCUAAUGAGGAUAACUUGUUUGACAUAUAAUAAUCUUUGUGUUUUUUGAAGCACAGUGGACUUGAAAACCGUAUCAGAUUUCCUUGUAAAAAGUAUGUAAUUUCAGAUUGAUAUUUGUGAACUUGUUUCAGGUUAGCUUUCACUAACCUGAAAGCAGAGGUCAGAGCCAAGGCACUGAAUCUUUUGUUUGUAUGUGACGGCCUAACCAGCAUUACCAAUUGAAUCAGGGUCCAGAAACUUGAAUGCAAAGGUCAUAAAUACCCCAGUUAAAUCAAUCUUGAAAUUCUUACUGCCAAGCCCUCUAAAAACUAACUCAUUGAAGAAAGACAAUGGCACCUUUACCGCAGAUGACCAUAUACUGUAAUUACAUAAAGGGUAGAGGCAGGUUAGACACUGUGUCUGGAAUUGUCCUUUUAGGUGUGAUAUUAAGUCAGAUAUUUUGUCUGAUGGGGAUGUAAAGCGACUGCAGAUAGAUGUGUACUGUAUACUAGCAGGAGUACAAACACCUGUCUGAAGGUGCUUAACUGUUUGUUUGCUUCUUUUUCAAUAGGGACGGUGAUGAUGUUUAUUUCUUAAUGUUACACACACACACACACACACUAUGCUCUCGGUUUUAUUAUGGGAGCAAUGCUGGACAUAAGAAUUGCUAAAUGAUACAGCAGAGGGUGUUAUUAUUUUUUAAGUGUGCAAUAUUGGCAGUGUAAGUGUUACUUUUAAUGCAGCUGAGUAAGCAAUAUAUCUACAAGGGCCCAAGGUGGCUUAAUAAAGAGCUGGUCACACACUUUGACCGGUCCUGUCAGUCCAGAUGCGGUUUCAGUGAGGUCUGCCACCCUGAAACCUUUCAACAAUUCCAACUGUUCAACUCAUGUCACUCACAGAGUGCCUCUUGGCCUGCUGGCAGCACAUUUAUCACUAUUUUUAAACAUUAUACUCAUGUCAUAUUUAUUACUUAGUUUAAGUAAAAGUGUAAAUAUUGGUUUGAAGAUCACUUUAGCAAGACCUUUUGACUCCUUUUAAGAUGUCAGAUAUAUGUGUGUGUUUCAGGGGAAGGGAAAUGUUUUUUCUGUGUAAAUGAUAUGUUGAGUAACUUUGGUGAGACAUACUGACUGCAUGAUUCAUAAAGUAUGUUUUUCUAAAAAA